AUGAGUUUUACUUCCCAAGCUGCUAAAAUCGCCUGGGACUAUGCCUAUGAAAAAGUGGAUGGCCAAGAAGCUGUCAAGCGUUUGGGAAAAGCCACAGCGGGGACAGCAGGUGGCAUCGUCAUCAACCACGGUGUGGCAACGUUGGCCCAUUAUGCUGGCAGAUCGCUUGGUCCAUUGGGUCAAUUCGCGUGUACCGUGCUGGGAAACAUGGCUGGGAGCUGGGUGGCCGAGAAGUUCAUGGAGUGGGUGGCAUGGCUCUUUGCAACUGACCCCAUGGAAGGUUACAGGAGGGCAUGCAAAGAGCUAGAGGUCAGCGAGAAUGCGCAUCGCCUUGUCAUCAAACGAGCUUUGGCAGCCUUUCAUCCAGAUAAGGGCAGCAGCUUGACGAGCGAGCAGUUUGAGAAGAAAAAGCUGGCGUUCGAGCUCAUCAAGGCUACCAGAAAUCGCAUGAACACAUGGGACGAUGAAGACGUGUUGUCGCCCUACGACAACGAGCAUGACGACAUGCUCCAAAAGUUGGAUAGCCUUGAGGCGAAGAAGCUAGACAAGGUCCCCACGUACAGGAACCUUAUCAGAAUCUUCAUGAAGAAGGAGAUUGUGAACUGGCCCCUCGCCAAGGAGGAUGAGCUGAAGACUCAUGCUGUCUUCCAGGACUCGCCUCACGAGGGUGCCAAGGAAAGAUGGGAGCUGCUCAAGAAGCGAGUAGUGCAGCACAACAUCAAGGUUGUCUCAGAGUAUUACGAGCAGAUCCACACAAAGCGACUUUGCGAGCUGGUCGGCCUUGGAGAUAAGGAGACAGAAGAGGAGCUGUCCGAGCUCGUUUGCUCGAAGUUUGUGUACGCGCGCAUCGACCGGCCCGCGGGCACUAUCAAAUUCGGUAAAAAACAAACCUACACAGACCGGCUCAACAGCUGGUCAGACAACAUCACCAGGAUGCUGGAUUUGGUUGAGAACACCAGUCACCUCAUCCAGAAAGAGCAGAUGGUUCAUGCCGCGCGGGCAAAGCUGAAGAGCAAGAAGUAA